CUCACCAUGGCGGGGAGCAGCUCGCUGGAGGCUGUGCGCAGAAAGAUCCGCAGCCUGCAGGAGCAGGCGGACACCGCGGAGGAGCGCGCGGGAAGCCUGCAGCGCGAGCUGGACCACGAGAGGAAGCUGAGGGAGACCGCUGAAGCCGACGUGGCUUCUCUGAACAGACGCAUCCAGCUGGUUGAGGAGGAGCUGGACCGUGCUCAGGAGCGUCUGGCCACGGCUUUGCAGAAGCUGGAGGAGGCCGAGAAGGCAGCAGAUGAGAGUGAGAGAGGCAUGAAAGUCAUUGAAAGCCGAGCCCAGAAAGAUGAAGAAAAGAUGGAAAUUCAAGAGAUCCAACUGAAAGAGGCCAAGCACAUUGCUGAAGAUGCCGACCGCAAGUAUGAAGAGGUGGCCCGAAAGCUGGUCAUCAUUGAGAGCGACCUGGAACGCGCAGAGGAGAGGGCUGAGCUCUCGGAAGGCCAAGUUCGACAGCUGGAAGAACAAUUAAGAAUUAUGGAUCAGACCUUGAAAGCAUUAAUGGCUGCAGAGGAUAAGUACUCACAGAAGGAAGACAAAUACGAGGAAGAGAUCAAGGUCCUUUCUGACAAACUGAAGGAGGCUGAGACUCGGGCUGAGUUUGCAGAGAGGUCGGUAACUAAAUUGGAGAAAAGCAUUGAUGACUUAGAAGAUCAACUCUACCAGCAACUUGAGCAAAACCGACGCCUAACUAAUGAACUAAAGCUGGCUCUGAAUGAGGAUUAAAGCUUAAAUGUGAGAACACUAGGGCUGAGUUCUAGGAAUAGAGCCCAUCGCAGGACGUGUAAGACUGUCCAGCCUUCAACUACUAGGGUUGAAAACCACUUGCUUUCUGCAGAAAUGUAAAUGAAAGGAAUUGGCUGCAGGCUGUUUUUGGCCUGUAUUUCCCUCUCUAUAGCUGGAAUAAUUAAGUUCUCUAAUCUUAAACAUCUUUUUAUGGUAAAAUACACAUAUUAUGUAUAUGGAUAAAUAUUUAUAACACCAGUUCACUCGUCUUUGAACUGAUACAUAAUGAGAAGGAAAAAAAAUUCUCUUCCCCACAGAGAACUGAGUACUGCUUUAAAUCUAUAUGUACGGUAUAUGAUAUAUUACAUGUAUUCCUAACUCCUUCCUAUCUGGUAUAGUGUUUGAAGUAUGAUUAAAUGUACUUAUGCUUGGGCAAAAUAGCUUUUGAAAACAGGUGCUCAUGUCAGAAGUCGCUGGUUGUCUGAAAGGUAGGCUUUAUUCAGUUUAACAGCGUUGUUGCAAUCUGGUGAGAAUGUCAUGCUAAUAAUAGAAUACUUUAAAAACGUUAAAAGAAUGUCCUAAUGAAGUGUGCAUGAAACAUGUUGAUAACUGCUUGUGAGAGCAGAAAUAAAUCAUUUCAAAAGUUGUCAGAAACCUAUUCAUGCCAUCGUGUUUUCUGCAAGGUUGUGUUAAGAUGCAACUCCCAGACCUUUAACUGCCUGUAACUCUGAAGUGUCUGCUGGUACCGUCUUAACUUCUCCAGUUUGUAUAACAGUGCUGCAAGCUAUUUGGGUUUUACCUCUGCCUGUUCCACAGCACAUGACUGGUGAACCUUCACCAAAGCCACCCUGCGUUUGAUUCUCUGGGUGGGUUGCUGGUGACGGUGCCCCAACUGUGCCAAGAGCCUGUUGUGCCUGUGGCUCCUUGGGGUCGAGGACCUCUUCCCCCUUCUUAGAUCUUUGUCUGGAAAUGAGUAAUGCCUUAAAAGCAUGCGUAGUCCUAAUCAUCUCAUCCUGUGUUUGUGAUUGAUGUUUGCCUGCCUAAAUGUACAAACCACCACUGUGUCCAAAGCACAGCUAUUCAUGACUUAAUUUUCUAAUCCCACCACAGAGAAAGUGGCUCAUGCCAAGGAAGAAAACCUUAGCAUGCAUCAGAUGCUGGAUCAGACUUUACUGGAGCUAAACAACAUGUGAAAACCUCCUUAGCUGCGGCCACAUUCUUUCAUUUUGUUUUGUUGUUUUGUUUUGUUUUUAAACACCCGCUUACCGUGAAACUCCUUAAACGCAUUUUUGUUUACUUUUACCACUGUCACAGAACAAAGUACCGGCUAGAGCAGGGGUGGGGAAACACAAAGGCAAGCCUAUGUCAGGGCUAGAAUGGUUUAAAUGUGCCAUUUCCCAGGGCGAUGUUGCCACACUUCGUAGAGUUUAGCCACACAGUUUGCUUAAUCCGUAUAGGAAUCCUCACUGAAGCAGAAAGAUUUCCAGUCAAAGUGCCAACAAUAAGGGCAACAGGAAGAUGGAGGUUGGAGACACAAUCAGGUGUGGAUUGGUGCUACUUUGAACAAAAGGUCCCCGUGGUCUUUUGUUCAGUAUCGUACAAUUUAGAAUUCUGUCCAACACUAAUUUAUUUGGCUUACUACGAGAUGAGACUUUGGAUCCCAGAUAACUGCAUUCACUAAAGCCAAGGGUUCGACAGCCAUGCUGCU